AUGUCUGCACCAGAAGUUCAUCAUCUGUUUCACAACCCAAUCGCAGACCAUUCCUUCUCACCUGAUAAGAACACCCUUGCAGUUGCGCGGGAUAACAAUGUGGAGCUCUACCAGAGAGGGGGAAGCAAGUUUUCCUUGACUGAUGAGCUUAGAGGUCAUGAGAAGACUGUGACGGGCGUUGACAUUGCUCCUAGCAGUGGCCGCAUUGUUACCUGCUCGCAGGAUCGCAACGCUUAUGUAUGGGAGCGAACCGACUCUGGUUGGAAACCGACACUGGUCCUUCUUCGAAUUAACAGAGCUGCCACAUUUGUCCGUUGGUCUCCAUCCGAACAGAAGUUUGCUGUCGGCUCAGGAGCUCGCGUGAUAGCAGUGUGUUACUUUGAGGAAGAAAAUGACUGGUGGAUUUCAAAGCACCUGAAGAAACCUAUCCGAAGCACUAUAACUACGCUUGCCUGGCAUCCUAAUUCGGUCUUGCUGGCUGCUGGCUCGACGGACUCUCAUGCAAGAGUUCUUUCCAGCUAUAUAAAGGGUGUUGAUACACGCCCGGAGGCCAGUGCCUGGGGAGAGCGUCUUCCCUUUAACACAAUAUGCGGAGAAUUCCUGAAUAACUCGGCGGGGUGGAUUCAGGGGGUUUGCUUUUCUCCAAGUGGGAAUGCGCUUGCUUUUACUGGGCAUGAUAGCAGUGUCACAGUUGUCUAUCCAAGUGCGCCAGAGCAACCUCCCCGUGCAAUGUUAAAUGUCACUACUCGUCUUCUGCCUUUUAACAGCUUGAUUUGGAAUGGGGAAGACGAGAUCAUUGUAGCUGGUCAUGACUGCGAACCAUACCGUCUCCGCGGCAAUGAGAAUGGGUGGCAACUUGUGGGAUCGAUUGAAAACAAGACAGGCCCUGGCGCGGGUAGCGUCCGCGAGGAGUCGGCUCUGAAUAUGUUCCGUCAGAUGGAUCUCAAAGGACAAACCCAGGCUGAUACGCAGCUCAAGUCGGUCCACCAGAAUACUAUUAGCACUGUUCGAGUAUACGAAGAGGCCAACGGGGCCGUUCGCCGGUUCAGUACUAGCGGAGUUGAUGGGCGUGUAGUUGUUUGGGUGAUCUAG